UAACAGGUAACUAACAAGAAGUCAACAAAGCAAACGCUCCAAUUUCAAAAUUCGAACUUGGCGCUUUUCACUUCCCCAUUUUCCCAUUUCUCAGAUCUCUCAUCUCUCUCUCUCUCUCAGCAAGAAAGAAUACAUGGGUGCCAAUCACAGCCGCGAAGAUCUGGAACUCUCAGACUCCGAUGAAUACGAAGAAGAAACUGAGAAAGAAGACGAAGAAGAAGAAGAAGAAGAUUACCACGAUGCCAAAGAUAAGUCCUCAGAGCGCCGACCCAAAACCCCAUCUUCCGUGGACGAAGUAGAGGCCAGACUCAAAGCUCUCAAGCUCAAAUACCCAUCUUCAACCCAAACCCCAAAUCUCAAAAACCCAGUCAAGCUCUACCUCCACAUCGGUGGAAACACCCCAGUAGCCAAAUGGGUCCUCUCCGAUAAACUCACUUCUUACUCUCUCAUCAAGUCCGCUCAGAUUGAGCAGCAAGGUGACGAUGAAGAUGAAGAAGAAGAAGAAGAAGAGCAAGAAGGUGAAGAUUCUUGGUGGGUUUUGAAAGUUGGGUCCAAGAUUAGAGUCAGGGUUACUCCAGAGAUUCAACUGAAGACUUUCUGUGACCAGCGUCGUGUUGAUUUUGUGGCUAAUGGUGUUUGGGCAAUGAAGUUCUUUACAAACGAGGACUAUAAGGGGUUUGUAGCUAAGUUUCAAGACUGUUUGUUUGAGAACACGUAUGGGUACGAGUCGAAUGAGGAGAACAAGGUUAAGGUUUACGGAAAGGACUUCAUUGGGUGGGCGAAUCCUCAAGCUGCCGAUGAUUCGAUGUGGGAAGAUGCAGAGGAUACUCUGUUUAAGAGCCCAGAGCUGAAGACUCCGACCCCGGCCUCUAGUGGGGACCAAGAUUUGAGAGAAGAGUUUGAGGAAGCUGCAAAUGGCGGUAUACAAAGCUUGGCAUUGGGUGCAUUGGAUAACAGUUUUCUAGUUGGCGAAUCGGGUAUUCAAGUUGUUAAGAAUUUCGCUCAUGGAAUUCAAGGGAAAGGGGUGUGUGUCAAUUUUGAUUAUAAGAAGGGCGGUUCGGGUUUGGUCCAUUCCACACCUAAAAAGGCGUUACUAAUGAGGGCUGAGACUAAUAUGCUGCUCAUGAGUCCAAUGAUGGAUAGUGGAAAGCCUCACACAACAGGGCUUCAUCAGCUUGAUAUUGAAACCGGAAAGGUUGUUACUGAGUGGAGGUUUGGGAAGGAUGGGACUGAUAUUACAAUGAGGGAUAUUGCUAAUGAUAGUAAAGGAGCUCAAUUGGAUCCCACGGGUUCAACCUUUUUGGGAUUGGAUGAUAAUAGGCUUUGCAGGUGGGAUAUGCGUGAUCGAAAAGGAAUUGUUCAGGAUAUUGCUAAUGCUAGCACUCCUGUGUUGAACUGGACACAAGGGCACCAGUUCUCUAGAGGGACUAAUUUUCAGUGCUUUGCGAGUACCGGUGAUGGAUCAAUUGUUGUUGGGUCUCUUGAUGGGAAGAUUAGAUUGUAUUCGAGCAGUUCUAUGAGACAGGCUAAAACUGCUUUUCCGGGGCUUGGUUCGCCUAUUACUCAUGUGGAUGUUACCUUUGAUGGGAAGUGGAUUUUGGGCACCACGGAUACGUAUUUGAUCCUUAUUUGUACACUCUUUACUGACAAGGAUGGAAGGGCUAAGACUGGUUUUGCAGGCCGUAUGGGAAAUAGGAUCUCGGCUCCUAGGUUGUUGAAGCUGAAUCCUCUGGAUUCACACUUAGCUGGAGUUAAUAAUAAGUUUCGAAAUGCACAGUUUUCAUGGGUCACGGAGAAUGGGAAGCAGGAGCGCCAUUUGGUUGCCACUGUGGGCAAGUUUAGUGUGAUAUGGAACUUCCAACAGGUGAAGAAUGGCUCUCAUGAGUGCUACCGCAAUCAGGAGGGCCUGAAGAGCUGCUACUGUUACAAGAUAGUCCUGAAGGAUGACUCCAUUGUUGAUAGUCGCUUCAUGCAUGAGAAAUUUGCAGUCACUGAUUCACCUGAGGCCCCACUGGUCAUUGCAACCCCCUUGAAAGUCAGCUCCUUCAGCAUAUCCAGCAGGCGAUGACAUGUUCAGUCAUGGCCAUUUCUUCACUCAUCAGCUUUAUUAGCCUUACCAUUUCAAAUGUUUUGUUUUAGAACUUCUUUUCUGUUUUUUAGGAUAUUGUUUCAUUCGGUGAUGUUUCAUGGUGACAUCAAUAAUGAAUGAUGUCUAAUUGUACUACGGUGUUCUAAAUAGAGAUUUAAUUUCUCUUUCAAAUUGUAAGCCGUUUAAUUUCUCCUAGCAACUAGUGUGUGUUAGUUCUUAAUGAGAAAAAUUGCUAUCCUUAUUGCAGAACUUGAAGCAGACAUUGGUUGGCUGAAGUGUUCUCAUUUUCAAUUUAA